ACACCAUGCAUGUCUGCACUAUGAGAACUCAAAACUGCUUCUACGAUGGAAACGCCCAGGACCUCUGUGGACAUACGUUCUAUUACAGUAGCAGACACGUACAGCCUGCGUCAUCUUGUACUUUGGCCUGACCGGCCCCUAGAGUACGUGAAGCUUCCAGACGACGAAACCGGCCAGCAUUUUGGAGCCUAUGUCGACAGCCGACUCGUGAGCGUCAUCUCUGUGUUCUUCGAUGCAGGAGACGCUCGAUUUCGUAAGUUCGCGACAGAUACAACAUGGCAAGGAAAGGGUAUAGGGACUGCACUUCUGCGCUGCACAAUUGAGGAAGCCAAGAAGGCUGGCGCUCGUACUAUAUGGUGCGAUGCACGCAGCUCAGCCCUUCCGUUUUAUCAGCGAUUCGGAAUGGAGGCUGAGGGCGAGAUUUUCCACAAGGGCGGGCAGCCAUACCUGGUGAUGCGCCGGACACUGUAAAAUAAAACAAAAGAAGAAAGAAAAAUAAAGAAAAUAAAAGGGGGGGCGGCGGCGGGGAGGGUAUCUACAGCAAUACUUUCGUUCAAGAUUUCAACUUUGCGUCAUUGGAGUCGUACACUUGAGGUAUUUCCG